CGAAUAUCUGACUAUCCCUACCUUCUUUUUGUUUUAUAUUUCACAUUUCACAACUCGACAGAAUUAUUCUCUAGUUCCAAUUCGGCGCUUAUUGAAUACCACUAUUUGUGGUUUGGACGUUGGGGAUUAGGUCUCGAUGCUAGUUAUACGGACUCAGAUCUCCCCGGGCCAUGGACGGUGAUCCUGCAGUCGAGUCGGAGCUCGACUCCUUCAGCUUGACCUUUCCCUUGCCGUACCGCGUGGCCUUCAUCAUCGUGCUAGCCGUCUGGGCAUGGGGCAUUAACCUACAUUACCUCUACCUCAUCGGCAUCGACGUGCCCUCUCUGAUCCGCUAUCCGGGCCGGCCCUCGCCUCACCACCCGACGCACCACCUGUCGACCUACCGACUAGCCACCGUCCUCUCCUCCAUCUACGCCUUCGCCCUGCUCGUCUUCUGGGUCUUCACACACCGCAACCCCGACCUGGUCCUGGCCUGGGACUGGCUGCCCCUGACGUACCUCACCGUGCUCCUCGGCAUCCUCGUGUUCGCGCCCGUCUUCAAGUCGCUGUCGCACGGCGGGCGCGCGCGCCUGCGCUCGACGCUCAAGCGCAUCAGCGUCGGCGGGCUCGCCGAGACCAAGGACGGCCGCUUCGGCGACAUCCUGCUGGCCGAUGUGCUGACGAGCUACGCCAAGGUGCUCGCGGACCUGUACGUGGCGCUGUGCAUGUUCUUCCGCAGCGAGGGCGGCGGCGCGACGGCGCGCCCCGACCGCAGCUGCGGCGGCACCGUCGUCGUCCCGCUCGUCAUGGCCCUGCCCUCGCUCAUCCGCCUGCGCCAGUGCCUCAUCGAGUACGGCCGCGUGCGCCGCGGCCGCAUGACCGAGGCCACGGGCUGGGGCGGCCAGCACCUCGCCAACGCCACCAAGUACGCCACCGCCUUCCCCGUCAUCGUCUUCAGCGCCCUCCAGCGCAACUCCUCCGGCGGCCAGCCGCCCCCGCACCACUACUACCAGGCCUGGAUCGUCGCCUGCGCCGUCAACUCGCUCUACAGCUUCUACUGGGACGUGGCGAAGGAUUGGGACCUCCUGCUCUUCGACAGCCAGGCGCGGAACUCGCCCGAGCUGAAGGCGUUCGGGCUGCGGCGCCGCUUGCAUAUUGGGCCGCCCGGGGUGUACUACGUGGUUAUCGCGAUGGACCUGGUUCUGCGAUGCACGUGGAGUUUGAAGCUGAGCCCGCACCUCGGCCGCAUAGCCGACUGGGAGGGCUCCAUCUUCGUGAUCGAGUUACUGGAGGUGUUCCGUCGGUGGAUAUGGAUCUUCUUCCGCGUCGAGACCGAGUGGAUCCGUAACACACCUGGCACGGGCCUAGAUGUCGACGACAUCCUGCUCCCGGACUACCAUAACCAUAAUAUCCAGGGCCCCAAGUACGAGGACGACGACUAGAAGUUGCGGCUUAGUUGAGUGCGGCUCUGUUUACCUUAGGGAAUUUUAGAAAAGGGGGGAAUGGUUGGUAGGGUGAAGUAAAAGGGAGACGUAGAGAUGACACACCUCGCGCCCCGGGAAACAGGAUAGAGCAGGUUGGUGUAGGUCUGUUCUAAGUACGGAUAUCUACGUCUCGGCGUCGUGGUUGCAUUGCAGGCGUUCGUUGUUAGAAUAGGAACGGCUAUGGAGGUGGAUUGCCGCCUCUGGCGUAUAUGUAUAGGCAUUUAAUCAUCGGAACGUAUAUAUGCUGCUAAAUGUUUGAAGCCCUAGCAAAACAUCCUAAAUUCCAUGAAUCUUCCUAGA